AUGCACUUCCUCUCGAGCCCGUACGACGAUCCGUGCAACUGGAAGCAGGAAAAAAUAAACGUGUCCAGCUAUGAUCCGAAUGUGCAGCACAGCUGGCCCGCGUGGGAGUCGACGAACGGCUCGUGCGAAGACGACGAGUACAGCAGCAGCACGCACUACGUGGUCGACGGGGGUGCGCUCCUGCUCCGCCGCGACGACACUAAGCCGAAGAGCAAGCCCGGCUCCCCCAACUGCGAGGAAGAAGCCAACCCAGGUGGCUGCGGUGGCUACGUCAUCGCUCGCAAGCCGUUCAAGUUCUAUUGCACGAGCGACGACCAAGAGCGCGGCGACCAAGAGUGCGGCUUGGACGGCUCCGGAUUCAGGAAUGGUGAGAUCUGGAGACAGUUUGGGCCCGGCUCAAAUCUCUACGAAGACCGGCGGCCAGGCAUCGUCGUGCCCGGCUUCUUUGACCUGCACGUGCACUCGAACCAGGAGGACAUCCUGGCCGCAUACGGCAAGGCGCUGCUCCCGUGGCUGAAGAAGUACACGAUACCGGCGGAGGACCGCAGCCGUACGACCAUGCCCAUGGCCUUCACAACCGCAAACGGCACGGGCGACGUAGCGCGGCAGCUCUUCCUCGCCGCGGAGCGGGUCAACAUGCGAAUCAUUACUGGCACGCAGGCGCAGAACCGAUACACGCCAGAUGACGGCUUCGUGGAGAAGACGCACGAGCUCUUCAAAUGGCUAUACUAUGAACGCAGCGACGGCGCAAAGCCUCCGCCGCACCGCAGCCUCUACGGGAUCAACUUCCGCUUCGCUCCCAGCAGCAGCUUCGAGCAGUUUGCAGACCUCGAAGAGCUGAUGCGCGAAUACAGGUACCCCAAUGACCCCAACCCCCCCGCGAUCGACAAAGGACGAGACCCAGACGGAAAGGGCGCGUACGUCCUGACUCACAUGGGCGAGAACGUUGACGAACUCUCUGUCGACGUGAACCUCUUUCAUGCAAAGGGCAUCGCACAGUGUUACGAGGACAGGUUCCCCCUCGUCUCCUACACCAACGCGAAGAAAUGCCUGGAUUGCUGCAAGACCAGUCUGACGGGUAAUUGCGAGUGUCCCCUGAAGAUGGAUGCAAAUCACAUCCAAAAGUGCAGUGAAUUCAACACGGAUGAUUACGCCUACAACCCGGAAACGGACUGCCCCAACGUGACAAACUACGACAACUUCACGACGUGGGCGCAGUUGUACGAUGCUUGGGGCAUACUGCGCCGGGGCACAAUGCUCGGCCACGCGAUCCACCUCGCCGAGGGCGAUCUACAGCUCAUCGCUGAAGGCGGCGCGGGCCUCGCACACAACCCGACCUCCAACAAUUUCCUCGGCUCGGGUCUCUUCAACCUCGGCGCGGCGAACCGUACUCGCAAAUGCACAGACAAGGGCAAGCACUGCUCGCCUGGCGAGGACAUUCGGGUCUUGUUUGGAGUCGGCUCGGACAUGGGCGCGGGAACGCACUUGUGCACUCUCAACACUCUGGGCGCCAUUUUCCCGUCGGCCGCUGCCGCGUUGGAGGGCGAGCGCUCACGUCCGCUCUUGAGUAUUGUAGGCGCCAUGUACGCGGUCGGGCAGCUGGGCAACACUUACCUCACCCAGAUUAACCCGAAAGGGCAAGGCGUUAAAGGGCAACACACGGACAAGAGUAUGAUCUGCGUCAAGUCCAACUGCCCCACGCCGUGGGAAGAUGCGUGGGAUUGGCGCGAGAGCAUCGGGCCAAACAAGGCCCGCUGCAACGAGAACCCGCAGUCAGCGAUCGACGUCACGCGCCCGACCGUCGGUCGAACGACACUCCACCAGGCACAGCUCACACUCAAGGAGGAGGGCAUCCUACCCGGGACCGGCUCCAAUCUCGUGAAGAUCGAGCUCCCCGAGGGCAACGUGCCACCCAACCACAUCCACGUCCACGCAGCGCUGGCCUACUACUCGGCGACUCUCGGCGCGGCCAAGGCCACUUUGCUGGAGGACAAGCUCGGGAACUUUGAGGAGGGCAAGGAGGCCGAUUUCGUUGUUCUCAACCCGUACGGCAGUUUCGAUACGGCGCGGCGGGUGCGCCUCAUGGGCCGGCGCGAUUGCAACCCGCUCAAGCAGAUGUGGGAGGUGCUCUUCAUGCUGAUGAUCAUGGGGAGCGCCGAGAACAUCGCAUCGACUUACGUCAUGGGCCACGAGGCGUACCAGAACAAGGAGAAGCCGCUCGACAUGGCCGAAGAGCUGUGCACGUUCACGGGCAACACUGGCAGGGAGCCCUUCCCACGUCCUUUCACGAACGACUACGACUACUACGCCGACCCUGGAUGCGUUAACGCGUUCGCGAAGUGCGUCUCAUGCCUUGCGGAGUGCACGGAACCCCACCCAUGGGGCCGGACACUGCCAUGCGGCUGCAAAGCGCCCACCUACCACGGCAACAACCCUGACUGCCCCGAGCUCACGGACUACGAAACGAAAAAUCCGUGCAAGAAGCCAUGGAACGGAAACACCUGCACGCCGCGGCCGGGCUGUCCGCCGCCGGCGGCGCCGCCGCCGGCUCCAAAACAGCCGUAA